UUAUUCCUUUGCCCCUUGGGGGCUUUCGUACCGGCCAUCAGUUCCCGUGGGUAAUUUGGCUCUCCAUAAAAUCAACCAUAUCAUCAAAAGUCCAAGAUCACUUCAAAGAUCUCGAGAUUUCGCUUCAGAAUCUGACCAAAGUUGCAACUUUUGGAAGUUCUCAAUCCAAUUCCAGGGAAAGGCAAUCAUCUAUGGAGAAUAGGUAUGGUUUAUUAAGGCAGAGCAGUGGUUUCUGGAGGUCCUUGAGAGAUGGAGACUUUGAGGAAGAGGAAGUUUGGGCUGUUCUCAGAGAUACAACAGAUUCUAUUUCCAUGGUAGGCAAACCCAAGGAGCCUCCUGUUUCUGUUCCUAGACAACUUCCAACUGCUUCAAGAAUGAUACCAAGAGCUACAGCCAGCAGCAGCAGUAGCAAUAGCUUUUCUCAUGAAGCAAAAAUUGUUCAGAAGUCAGCACCUGUAAACAUUCCUGACUGGUCACAUAUUUCUAGAAAAAAGUCAGAGAAGAUCUCCAGGUAUGAUACAUGGGUUGGUGGUGAUGAUGAUGAUGAUGAUGAUGAUGGGGAUUUGAAUGAUGGCCAGGGCAGCGAUGAAGAUGAUGACGAUGAUGAGGACAAUUACAAGUUACCCCCACAUGAAUUCAUUGCUAAAAGGCUUGCAAGAAGUCACAUAUCCUCUUUUUCUGUUUUUGAAGGUGUUGGGAGGACCCUCAAAGGGAGGGAUCUUAGCAAAGUUAGGAAUGCUGUUCUAACAAAAACUGGUUUCCUUGAAUAACAGGGAAGGGUGUCUCCAUCACCAUGACCAGGAUUCCAUGUGCUUUUUGUUUUUCAGAGAUUUAGGUAUGGGAGUUUGUGGUUGUUCCUCUAGUCUUUGGAGGUGUUCUUCUGGUUUGUGUUCAGGGUAUGAGAAAUUUAUUUUGAUGUAAAAAAGCAAUUAAUUGAUCCCCCACUCCCAUGUCA